AAAUAUCGACUGUCAUUCGCACGUGGGUUUUGUUUAACAUUACGAGACAUCAACCUAACAUUCAUUUUUUAAAAACACUCAGCUGUAAUUGAACGAAUUAGAUUGUCUUCCAGUUAAUUAUUUCCUGUGAAAUUAGUCAACAUGUCUGACACAGAAAAUGUCAGUGCCGAAGUACGUGAAUUGAUGGAGUUGGUGCUAAAAGAGCCCAUCGAGUCCGCAACAAAUGUUACAUUGCUACCAGUCAAAGAAAAUACGGUACCCAACGCAACCGAUCAAUCGAUUCAGUCAAUGGAUACCGACUCAGACGUUCCAGUCGUCAAUGCAGAAAUUCCUCAAGCAGACAUUCCUCAAAGUGUAACCGAAAGUAUGCGAACACACAUUACUCCUGCUCCUGACACAGAUCUUCGUGUUAUCGAAUCCAAUGCGCUGAAAUUGAUCGCACAGUACGGAUCUGAUUCAGAUUCGGAAGAGGAAGUAUCUGAAGAUGGUUCAUCAUCAAGUGGUGAAGUUGUCGCCAUUGAUGAUGUCGAAGAGGUGCUACAGAAGACCAUAACAGCUGGUAAUUAUCGUGUCAUCAGUUCGGAUUCAGAAGAGAGUACAUCGUCCGACGACUCGGAUAUUGAGGUGAUCAGCGUUCAACAUGAAAUAAUUAGCUUGGAUGAUGACGAUCUCGAAGAAUCAGACCCGAAAACGAGAGGCCCCAUUCGAGUUGAAGGCGAAUUUACGAUAGAUUCGUUGCCGCCCAUUGAAGAUUUAAAGAUUUCCGUACCAGAGGAAGAAUGUGUUAUUCUUGGCAAAGUUAUGUCAAUUGUGGAUCAAUUGGUUGUUGUCGACUCACUGCCAAAAUCGCGACCCAUCGACAUUGAUUCGAUUUUAUUUUUGGACAAAGGAACCAAACCAUUAGGUCACGUUUUCGAUGUACUUGGAAACAUAAAUAGCCCGAUGUACUGUGUGCGAUUCAACUCGAAUAAACAAAUUGUGGAAAAAGGCAUAACCGUCGGUUCGUUGGUAUACGUUGCACCGCGUACUGAACACACAUCCUUCGUUGCCGUAUCCGAACUGAUGAAGCAGAGAGGAUGUGAUGCGAGCUGGAAAAACGAUAUCGAACCAUUGAAUACACAGGAUUUCUCUGAUGAUGAAGAAGAACGAAAGGCUAGAAGAAUGAGACGGGGACGAAACAACAGCAUAAAUGAAAGCGAUUCGAACGAGACAGCAGCCCCAACUUCAACACCAACACAAAAUGGAAAUAAUAAAAGGAAUACCCGCCAACGAACACCGAGACAACGUCGUGGUAAUUUCAAUAGAGGAGGUGGACACGAUAGAAAUUACGGUUCACCUGCACAGGAUAGACAUUUCGGUCCACCUGGACAAAAUAGAAACUAUGGUCCACCAGGAUAUGAUAGGAAUUAUGGUCCACCCGCUAAUCAUAGUUGGCAUCAAAAUUUGCCACAAUCUAAUCAACAAUCGAAUUGGAAUUCACCAAUGAGAAAUAGUGGACCGAUGGGACCGUUUCCACAAUCGCUUUUACUGCCACCGCCACCACCACCUCCUUCUUCUAAUUCUCGUUGGUAGAGGUUUGAAUAAAAGUUAGUUUUUUUCGCUCUUACCUUUAAUCAUAUAUUUUCCAUAAUGUGGAUAAGAACGGUCUGUCACCUCUAAAAGAUGAAAGUUAUAAUAAGUAUUUCGAACAGAAAUAAAACAUAAAAUGCA